AUGGAAAAUGCUGUAAGCCAAGAUGACCUCAAAAGCAUGCAGUACAUGAACGAGGCUGUAUUUUCUACACUGCUGUUGGUUUUUUCUAUUUGGAGAUCAUCUAGAAGCACACUUCCCAGCUACAAUAUAUUCAAAGGAAAGCUUCGAAGUCUUGGAUCACUGUUCAUAUUGACUUCUAUUUUGUUUUCAACAGUCUAUAUAUGCACUGUUACAUAUCUUAGUACAAGGGUUGAUAUAGAUAAAUUUUGGGUGGAGCUUAAUGGUGUGUUGGAUGCAAAGUAUCCUAUAAAAUAUAAGAGCCUGAGUGUAGAUCUAGUGUACGUCCUGAACAUCUCUCUUAGUGUUUCUAGAGUUCUUAGAAUGUCGGCUGUGUUCCUCUUGAUUGGACUAUGGGGCCCGUGUGCAUAUUCUGUAUUCAAUAGUGGAGAAAGAGCAUUUGAUGUGUUCCGAACAAAUAUGUCUGUUGUAGGAACUUUUGUUACGAAAUCUAUAUUCAAUACAUCGGUCAUUACUUUCUCAAAAAUAUAUGCGGUUUUAAGGACACCUUUGAUUUUGUACUAUUACAGCAGGCCUAAAAUCGGAAAUGAAAAGACAGCCGUUUUCAUGGAAUCAUUCUUGCUAGGAAGUGAGGUGUAUCUCUCGGUGGUGCUUUUGAUGAUUCUCAAAGCAAAGCAUGGAUUUCUUUCUGAAUACAAGUCGCUUGAUAGUACAAACUUACUAAGCUUUUGCUUGAUGCUCCAUGGAUUUUUCACAUAUACCGUAAAUACUGUAGCAAUUCCAUUUGAAAUGACAGAGCUAUGCUACCAAAUCCAGCAGAGCUUGAAUUUUGGCACAAGACUCGUUCUUGACAUGCUUUUAAUGUCUAUGUUCUGCCCAAUACGCGAUCAGCUAUUUGAUGCUCCUUCGGACAACAAGCAUGCAAAAAACCUUGAAGUAACAAGGAUUUCGCGGUUCGAAGAUUCUGGGCCCAUAGUCCAGGAAAUAGAAAGCAUAAUUGAAUUCGAGGAAAAGGAAAUAGCAAAAUAA